CCUCCAACAACCAGCAGGCCAACUCGAAAACUUGACGAUCAAAACAACCAAUAUAUAUAUAAUCGUCGCGAUGUCAGGGGUGUGGGUGUUCAAGAACGGCGUGUACCGGCUAGUGGAGAAUCCGCAGGCGGAGGGGUCGGAGGGAGGGAGGCACGGCAAGGGAAGUGGGUCGAGGAAGAAGGUGCUCGUCUACUUGCCCACCGGCGAGGUAGUGUCGUCCUACGGCUUUCUAGAGCAGAUUCUGACUGGGUUAGGGUGGGAGAGGUACUAUGGUGGAGAUCCUGAUCUGUAUCAGUUCCACAAGCAUUCCUCCAUUGACCUUAUCUCUCUCCCCAGAGACUUCUCCAAGUUCAACUCCAUCUACAUGUACGAUAUCGUCAUCAAGAAUCCCAAUGUCUUCCAUGUCCGCGACAUCUGAUGCCACUCUCCUCCAUUCUUCUUUUUUCUCCUUCAUGCUCCGUCUCAUCAUCACUUUCUGGUGUGUUUUCUUUUCUCCUGCGAGUGUUCUCUUCUCCUAGACUUUGAUCUCCUCUAUAUUUUAGCAAGGAUUUGUUUGUUUGGCUUCCUCUUUCUAGCUAUAUGCAUAUAUAUAGCCCUGUGGAUAUAUGUAUAUAUGCACGUAUACCAGGAAUAAAUUAAACAAUCCAUGGUGUUUUUAAGAGCCGAAAGUGCUUGGUUUGCUGGUGUGCUAGUUUGUGUAACGUCUUUGCUUCUGCAAUGUUAUUGGGAUGAAGAGAGAUCCCUUCUAAUUA